ACCACCCCAUGCAGGAGGGAGAGGUGUUCAACACACGAUACCAGGUGCUGCACAAACUGGGAUGUGGCGCCUUUGCCACUGUCUGGCUGUGCCAGGACAUGAGGAGGAAGAAGCAGGUAGCUGUGAAGGUUCUGAAAAGCAGGGAAGGCUUUGCUGAGACUGCCCAGCACGAGGCUGCUUUCCUCCGCUGUGUAAGCUGCAUGAAGAAGAAGGACCUGGCAGGCGAAAACAUCGUCUCUUUGUUAGACGACUUCAGAAUGAUUGGAGAGAAUGGUUUCCAUUCCUGCCUGGUAUUUGAGGUGCUGGGUCCUUCCAUUCGAUGUCUGAUGGGAAACUACACAGCCCAGGGACUGCCCUUGCCUUUUGUGAAAAAGUCUUUACAGCAGGUGCUGGCAGGGUUGCACUUCCUGCACAAGUGCUGCCGCAUUAUCCACGCAGACAUCAAACCGGAGAACAUCCUGCUGCAUGGAUGCAGCAAAAGGCUCCAAAGGUUUCUCAUGGAUACACUCGACUGCGACCAGGGAACAGAAGUGAGGCUAAAGGGAGCAGGAGGUGAUCUUGGCAAUCAGUUGGAAGAAUCUGAUUUAAUGAGCAUAGAGGUGAAAAUUGCAGAUCUAGGAAGCGCAUGCUGGACAUACAAACCUUUUUCCAAGGAGAUACAGACCCAGCCAUACCGUGCCCUGGAAGUGCUUCUUGGACUAGACUACGGCACCCCUGCGGAUAUCUGGAGUACAGCCUGCCUGGCAUUUGAAAUGGCAACUGGGGAGUGUCUAUUUGAUCCUCAACCCGGGAAAUACUUCUCCAGAGAUGAUGAUCAUGUUGCUCGUAUUAUUGAACUCUUGGGAAGAAUUCCUCCUCAAAUCCUUUUCUCAUGGAACAAGUCAACAAAUUUUUUCAGCAGGCCAGGGGCGCUCCUGCGGCUCUCCCGGCUCUUCCCCCGCAGCCUCCCCGGCAUCCUGGCGGACCGGCACGGCUGGACAGCGCGGGACGCGGCCGCCUUCGCCGCCUUCCUGCUGCCCGCGCUGCACUACGCGCCGGAGCGCCGCGCCAGCGCCGCGCAGACAAAGAUGCUCUUCGUCUUGAAGGAUGAUCUACGGGACAAAUCAGGAGAUUCUGGUUCAUCGUCCCCCCUCCCCCAACCCGAGCCAGUAGUGAAGUAG